AUGUUACGGCCCGAACGGCCGUCGUUCGAACAUGGCCGGGACGAACAAGGCCGGCUACUCGAACAAGGCCGGGUCGAACAUGGCCGUCUCCACGAACAAGGCCGGGACGAACAUGGCCGUGUAUGCGAACAUGGCCGGGUGUGUUCGACAGUAUAUCCAUAUACAUUUAUAUGUUAUACUUAUGCGAAAACAUUAUUAAAUCCUGGUACUCGAUUGGGAUGUGUAGCAUUAUCAAGUAAAAUGCCUUUAGAUUAUCGUUCAUCAUUUCGUACAUAUUUACCUCAAACAAUAAUAAUGAAUGGAUAUAUGGUACCUGAUUGUGUAACACAAUAUAUGAUACAGGAUAUAGAAACAUUAUCCGAUUUUCGAAAACUCAUUCAUUGUCACAUAAACAUACCGAUUUUCUUGGAGCCUUAG